AUAGGGUUCAAUGAUGUAAAAUGAUUCAUACAGUCGAUCUCACCUAAUGAAAAUUUUUUUGAUUAUUAUUGUAGUUUAUAUUAUCAACGUUUGAAUUGUUUGGUCCAGAGAGGACCGAAUUACCAAUUUGAUCCACUCACUUGUUGAAUAUUUUAUUUAUUACAAUGUGUUUGAUUAUAGCUCUUAAAAGAUUUUUUUUUACUUGAAGGGAUAAAGUUGCUACAGUGUCAAUUUUAUCAACACAUCUAAUUUUCACAAUUGAAACAUAUUUUAGGAAAGAGGGGUGUCAUAAUAUUAUGAUUUUUAGCGUGUAUCAAUCUACCGCUUUAUUCUUUGUUAGAUGUGUUCAGUGCUCAUUUUGCCACCUAAUCUUACGCUGUGUAGCCACAAGCCAGGUGUCGUAACGUUUUGUAAACGUGUCGACAGUAACGAGCCAUGCAAGACCUGCAGUACAGAACAAGAAGCUGAAGCUGAAGCUGAAGCUGAAGUCCUCUGUUAAUCCUUCUUGCUGUUUCUGCUUUUGCCACUCGAUCCAUUACCGUUCUCGAUUAUCGUCACCGUCGAGAAGAGCAUCGGAGGAGGAGGAGCUUAAUCACUCCAGAGAGCAACGAUGUCCGGCCUCUCUCUCGCCGUCCGGCAGUGCCCCGACCACGAAUCCACUGCGGGGUCGGCUGACGAAAAGACACCGGCGGUGGCGAGCAAGCGUCAGGGACAGGCUGUCGUCGGCGGCGCGAUGGGUUCCCUCCGCGUGAUCGAGAUCCAGCUCGUGGCCUUCGUCGUGGUCUUCUCCGCCAGCGGCCUCGUGCCCCUCAUCGACCUCGCCUUCCCGGCAUUCGCCACGCUCUACGUCCUCGCCCUCUCCCGCUUCGCCUUUCCCGCCGUCAGUUCCGGCGGUGGACGCGAGCUCUUCCGAGGCAGCCGGGCGUUCCGCGCCUACGUGGUGGCGGGGACCACCGUGGGGCUGUUCCUGCCGCUGGCGUACGUGCUCGGGGGCUUCGCGCGGGGCGGCGACCACGCCGUGCGCGCCGCCGCGCCGCACCUCUUCCUCCUCUCCUGCCAGAUCCUGACGGAGAACGUCGUCAGCGGGAUGGAGAUCUUCUCGCCGCCAGUUCGCGCCAUCGUGGUGCUCCUCUACACCGUCCGCAGAGUCUUCAUCAUCGUCGACUGGAUCUACAUCGUCUGGGCCAGCAAAACGCCGCCGCUCAAUGCAUCCGUCGACGAUGUGGCGUGGAUAUGGUUCGGGAGGGUGCUGUCAACGGCUAAUCUCCUCUAUUUCUCCAUUAACCUGUUUGCUUUCUUGAUCCCGCGGUUUCUGCCGACGGCGUUCGAGAAGUACUUCAAGGAAAGGGAGGAGAUCCACGCGAAGGCGGUGGAAGACAAGAAAGGAGACUGAUUGUGUUGCAUGUUUAAUUUUGAUACGAGUGAAUUUAAUGUGGCUGUUUUCAGCAACUUGGUUUACUCUGCUCUGUAAUUUAUGAUCUAUACUUU